AAAUCAAAAUGUCAUCGCAUCAAGCGCAAUUCGAUUGAUAUACGAUAGUUUGCACAAAUUUCGACGUGUAUUUUUCAACUCAGUAGGAGGUAGCAGGCAUCGGAUACUUGUAUCAUUGCCCAGGAAAAUCGACGCUCAUCAACACGUUGCGAGGGCUGAAGGCAAAGGAUCCGCUCGCGGCCAAAGUCGGUGCAAAAGAAACCACCAUGGAGCCCAUGUAUAAUUUUUUGGACCUGGAUAACCACCAUUAUGUGCUAAUAGUAAAAUCUCAAAGCCAAUCACUAUUAACGAAGCUCCUGCUGCCUUGAUAAGGUGAGUUCAGACCCCUUUGCGUUAGCGACGAGCGAGGUAUUUUUUUGUCACAGCCUCUGCACCCAGCUUCUACUUCUAGCAAUCUUUCCGUUGUACGGGCAUCUAAUUGUCUCG